AUGUCUCCCGAAGAAGUCACCCUGGCUCGACUGCCUCAUGUUCUGACUCUCAUGUUCUCUCGAUAUUUGCAGAAAGCGCGCGCGCGCUGCCUUGCCGUCGCGUCAAGGAUCGCCUGCCACGAGCCAGCUGCCGCACGCAAGAGCAAGUUACGCCACAGUCCUCUUUGCCGACCCGCCCCCGAAGAUGCCGUCGACUGGUGCUCCACGAGGCUUUGGUUAGACCUAGACGGUGAUCUCCCGUACUCUCUAGAGCCCACACGGGCGCCACUUCCGCUCGGCGCGACCGUAGCCACCGUCCUGGGUUUAGCCAUUCACCGCCACCUGUCCCCCAAACCCUUCCGCCGCCUCCCCCUUCCUCUGAUCCCACAAGUUCUCAUUGCAAGUCAUCCGUCUUUUCCGACCGCAGUUGCCUCAAAUUCCGCCAUGACAUCCCAACACGUUCUUGUGGCGAAGUCGUUCGAAGCCAACACGCACCUUGCUCCACUCGCGCCUUCUUCCCGGAGACCACGUCGGCGCGCGGCGGAAUCCACCACCCCCGCUAUCCAACUGCCACGGUUACACACGGACACUGCUCCAUCCCCAAGCGCGCCGCCUCGCGAGACCACAGACGCGUCACCUUCAAGGAUGGAGAUCAGUUGGCAUGAUAAACGGAACCAAUCCCUACCUCGGAAGGACGCCCAGUUCUUUCCAAACAUCGGUAACACGCUCUCAGAGAGGCAACCGGUCAUGCCCGGGACUCUGCAGCUGUCGCCUAUGCAAGACCUCAUCGAGAGGCGACUGCGUAGCCACGGGUAA